AUGGAUGUUCGGACGAUUGCCAUCGGCGAGGUUUUGGUCCGCAUUCUUUCUCGGGCAGUUUGUCUCCAGCUACGUGACCUAGAUGGCGAGGGUCUUCUUGGCAUCACAGCAGUUUGGGGUGGGGGUACGUGCGGGACAGAGGUCGUAGUUAGAGGCGUCCGCCGCGCUCUGGCUGACCACCCAGACUGGGUGGUCCUGCAGCUAGACGUGGCGAAUGCCUUUAACUCUUUCCACCGAGACAGGAUGUUUCAGGCGCUGCAGGCCAGCCCGGAGUUUCAGUGUCUGAUUCCCCUUCAUCGGCCUCUUCUACGGGACGCCCUCGGAUCUCCACUACAGCCGGUUCUGGCGGAGGGGGAUGUCCAGCUCUGGUCGUACGCCGAUGACACGUACGUGCUAGGUCCCCCAGACAGGGUGCUGCACCACUUUUGCCGAGAUCGUGUUUCGGCAGAGCUUCGCUUCAGGAGCGAGCCGUCUUCUGGAGGCGCCAUGCCUUGGAGGCCGUGCGUGCCCGUCACGACCUCUCCCUUGCACCUUGCCCGUUUGACUUCCCUUCAGGGCGGAGGUGCAGGAGCGUGGUUGACGUCGGUGCCGUACGCCGACCCACUGCGCAUCCCGGAGGCGCUGUGGCAGGCGGCUUCAUCUUCUCGUCUUGGUCUCCCUAUCCCCCAGUUAGCCCUUGCAGGUGGAGGACUCUACGCUGUUCACACAGUUGGAGGCGGCUCGAGCGAGACUACUGGGGACAGCCAGUGGUGGGAGAGGGGACACGGGCUGAGGUGUCCGGGGGAGCGGAGAGGCGAGGCGGGACAGCCGGGUGGCGGGGGACAGUGGGGACGGCACCAGCUGCGGGGUCAGGUGGAGCGAGGGACAGGUGGGCAGAGGGGACGGCAGGGGGAGCAGACGGGCCAGGACGGGGAGGGGGGGACGGCACAGGCAGCAGCAGGCAGAGCCAGUGGAGGCCGCGAGGCCCAGGGCGCCGCGCUUCCAGCGGAUCCACAGCGGGAGGGGAACGUGCAGCUGAGACGGGCGACCCCCACACAGAUUGGAGUGGCAGCAGCUAGGCGGGUGCAGGAGAAGCUGCGUCACUGGGGGCCGCACUUAGAGGGGCUGCAGCCGGCACCACACUUUUACGCUGUGCGUGGCGGAGACCUUUGGCCUUCUGAUCACACCCCCUGCCCCCUCAUGCCAUCCGCUCCCCCCGCCCCUACCCUCCGCGUGCCCGCUCCCUGCCGCCUCUUUGACCCUCCCUGCCCCCCUCGCCGUUUUCCACCGCCCGCCAAUUCGCUCCUCCCCGCCGUGCGCUCCCCUCGUUUACCUUCUCCUCCCCCCUCCCCUCCUCUGCUGCACGCCUCUUCCUUCCCCUCGCCGACCCACUCCACUCCCGCCCUCCUCAAUCCGCACACUGCCCCUCGUUCUCGCCCCCCUAUGCUUG